AUGUCCGAAUCUCUGAAGCACGUCGAGAUCCAACAGCCCCUGCUGAACAGCAUCCCGGCGCACCUCGUCCCGCACUUUGAACCGACAUAUGUCCAGUACUACAACAAAUACAGCGCCGGCCGGCUCGCCACGCACCAAGUCCCCAUUGAGUCUUAUCGAGCCGAUCCGCUGAAGUACACGAUCGCCUAUGGCCGUGACCGCGUGCCCGACGAGGGAGUCAAGAUGACGGACCAGAAAUGUCCCGUUGACGGCGGCGAGAUCACGGUGAGGGUUUACGAACGUGAUUCUGAUUCCGAUUCCGCCUCUGGAAGGAGCUCGACCCCAGCCCAGGCACCUAGACCGGUGUAUAUCAACUACCACGGCGGCGGCUGGGUGUUUGGAGGGUUGCCGACCGACUUUGACUUCUGCAAGAGGAUCGUGCGCGCCUUGGACUGUGUCGUCUUCGAUGUCGAUUACCGUCUGUCACCCGAGUACAAGUAUCCCAUUCCGGUUGACGACUGUGUCACUGCUCUCCACUGGAUCCGAACCCACAAGAAAGAUGAGUUCAAUCUCGACCUCAAUCGCGUCGCCGUCGGUGGCUGCUCGGCCGGAGGCCAUCUGAGUGCAGUCGUCGCCCACAUCUGUCGAGACGCGGGCAUCCCGCUCGCUCUCCAAAUCCUCUCUGUGCCGGUCACCGACCUGCACGUCUUCAGUCGCGAGGGCUCUAUUCGACCAGACCAGCCCUACCCGUCCUACAAGGACCUAGCCGACACGCAGCCCCUCCCGCUGGAGCGCAUGGAGUAUUUCCACAAGGCCUUUCUGGGAUCCCCACGGCCGGAGCACUUGGAGAAUGACUGGAAGGUGUCGCCCAUCCUGGCGCCCAACUUUACAGGCCUCGCGCCUGCGCUGGUCCUGACGGCCGAGAUGGACGUGUUGAGGGACGAGGGCGAAGCGUAUGGGGCAAAGAUGAAGGAGGCCGGCUGCGAGGUCGACUUAAUCCGAUUCAAGGGGGCGCCGCACACUUUUAUGCAAUUGGAUGGCGAGUUGAAUUCAUCCCCUCUUCCAUCAAUGUUUGAUCACUGA